CCUCAUCCACUCAGUGAGGCUGACGGACGCUCACUUGAAUCUCUGAAGAUGAAUGUGGCAAAGAUCCACGACCGGCUGCACAUCUCCACGUUCUGGGAGAAGAAGAUCGCCGGCGACAGCCAGCAUGCCGACAGCGAAGAGCAGAGGAAGAGGAGGAGCGCGCUGAAGAAGCUUCGGGGCGAGUGGAGCGUCCGUCUGGACAACAGAACCAAACACCUGACGAAGCUCAACGACAAGGUCAAGAAGGUCAAAGCGGAGUCGGCUCCAGAUGAACUAUGA